CAAAUUGACAUCCGGGUCAUUUCGUAGACAUCAGUUUGUAACAUCGAGGAGUUCGUCCGUUUUCCAUGGGCAGAGGCAAGUCAGACGACGAGACAAGAAGUUGUUGGCUCCCUGGCGGCGGGCGACGACACGUUGGCCUACUGGGGCUCGUAUUGUUUGUGGGUGCUGUGGUCGUGGCAGCUGUCGCUGUGGGUUUGCAGAGUUGGGCGUCGCAAGAGACUAACAUAUGGGAGAAGACUAUCGGCUUGUUCCAACGUUGCGAUGACAGAAAGGGCGGAAGGUUGGUGUGCGAAAGUAUCUCAGGCAUCGACUGCUCGAAGGCGGCCAAGGAAUCAGACUGCGAUGAAAUGGUUGUAACUCUGACUGCAAUUGCUGCAUUGAUGAUCAUUGGUGCUAUUCUAUCUCUCGGUUCAGCUGUCCUUUGCACUCCUGGCAUACAAAUGCAUGCAGUGUCGUGCAUUGUAGGCAUUGUGUCUGGCCUACUGUUUCUCAUCAGUGUUAUACUGUUUGCUGUCAUGGAUAGAAAAUUCAGUGGUUACUUUCAGAAGGAGGCGUGUCUCUCUACUAGCUUUGGUUGUGCUAUUGCGGCUCUUUUCCUUGCGUGGUGUGCAAGUGCGGUUGCUGGCAUUGCGACAAGGGAAGAAGAAGAUGAUGAAGACUAUUGAGAAUGCGAAGUGUGUCGUCUGAUAGUAUUAUGUGUUCGGAUUAGAAAUAAAAUCACGGUAAUGGUGGUGUUGGGUGACUGCUGGUUCUGGUUUGGAGGCGAUUGUAAUUAUGAGUAACUGGAGUCAGUACUUACAAAGAAUGAUGGACUUGAAUGUAUGUUUUAAAGUUCUAGUUGCUGCAAUUGCAAUACUAGUGGCAUUGCAUUUUUAGUUAGUUAAUGAGUAGCUAUUGGUCUUUUUUCUGAUUAUUGGAACCAGUCUCACAGUUUCCUGUUUAUUGCA